CUCAUUUAAUGGUAACGUUAACAGAUUUUAAUAACUCUCUUUUAGUUUUGGGAUUAAAAAUUUAAAUUCCAUUCAAAUGUCAAGGUUGAAUUUGAAGUCCGGUCCUGCACAAAUGUUUACCAAUCAGUUUUUUGUGUUGCGCAGUCGCCAUGUUGAAAUGUCACUGAUUGUAUCAACAAAACAUGCAACAACCACCUGAAAACGAUGGCAGUAACAUUUGUGCCGGUUGCCUCAACAGUUUGGAUGAUGAGGAAGUUGUCUCUGCACUGGACCAAGAAUGGCACUUGGAAUGUUUCCGGUGUUCAGCCUGUGAUGCCGCUUUGUCCAAUUGGUACUUUGAAAAGGAAGGAUUACUGUUCUGCAAGGAUGAUUACUGGGCCAGAUAUGGGGAGGCCUGCCAACAAUGCAAUGAAAUAAUAACUGGGCCAGUUAUGGUGGCAGGAGAACACAAGUUCCAUCCAGAGUGUUUCAGGUGUGGGAGCUGUGGUGCAUUUAUAGGAGAUGGAGAUUCUUAUGCCCUUGUUGAAAGGAGCAAGUUGUACUGUGGACAAUGUUACAAAAGACAAAUGCAACCCUUGCGAAAAACCGCCCGUUUCCCCUUCACACGGAAGCCCCACUCGAUCCGACUGGUGGAAAUUCCAGGCGGCCAGAAAGGCAUCAAACUGCUCAAGGAUCCGGUACAAAGUGGCGACGGCCAAUGCUUCACCAUUUCCGAGAUGGUUUGGAGGAUUCAGGGGAAAGUACUCCGAGUCGCUUUCGCUGUUCUAACCAAUGCUUUUAACAUUUGCUGCUACUUUUUGCCUAACUCAUGCAGAUUGGAUAUGAACACUGAUUUAAUGUCGUUGCAUAUUGGCGACAGAAUCUUGGAGAUUAACGGCACUCCGGUGAAAGACACGCCGUUGGAAAACGUCGAGAAUUUGCUCAGAUAUUCAGACAACAAUCUACAGUUGACGAUUGAACAUGAUCCGGACACAAUUUCGAAGAAAAUCACGAGACUGAAGCUACCAAAACAAACUUUACCCCUAACCACAACUUCAAGUGACACAAACAUUCCAAUACAUCGUUCCCAGAGCGGUGAAACAAAAAUUUUCGGCGGAUCUGCGGACUCUUUAAUCGAAGACGUUGUCAGGAAUCCCUCGCCCAGUCCAGAGGAACAAAAGCCAGGCAAAUCAGAAAACAAAGAGCGUCUCUUCAAGCGUAAGGAUGAGGGCUACAUGAGCGGCACCAGGUCCAGGCAACUGAGGCGCAAAAAUCACCUGUCGGAAAACAAGCCGAUUUUGGACAAAGAACGCAGUUCCUCCAUGAGUCGACUGUUGGACGAUGCUCCUAACUCCAAACGUUGUUUGGAGCUGUCCAGGGCUUACUCCUUCUUGGAGCCCAGGCCCCAGCAGAGAGUUUUUCGGGCCUCUGAUUUGGUCAAGGGUGAAUUGCUGGGGCAGGGUUUCUUUGGACAAGUAUUUAAGGUUACCACUAGAGACACUGCUGAAGUUAUGGUCCUGAAGGAGCUGUACAGGGUGGACGAGGAGGCGCAGAAGAACUUUCUCAAAGAAGUAGCGGUACUGCGCAGCCUGCACCACAAUAACGUGCUGCGUUUCAUUGGGGUAUUGUACAAGGAACGACGACUGCACCUGGUCACUGAGUACAUAUCAGGUGGUACUUUGAAGGAAUUAAUCCAUGACACAGCUCAACCAUUACCCUGGGAGCAGAGGGUUUCCUUUGCCAAGGAUAUAGCGGCAGGAAUGGCUUAUUUGCACUCCAUGAACAUCAUACACAGAGAUCUGAACUCACACAACUGUCUGGUGAGGGAGGACAAAACUGUGAUUGUUGCAGACUUUGGACUAGCUAGGAUUCUAUCUCACAGCACCAGUGCCAGACGUGUGUCGACUACACCAGGCGGCAGAAACCGUCAGGAACGUAAAAAAAGGUAUACAGUGGUGGGAAAUCCUUAUUGGAUGGCGCCGGAGAUGAUGAAAGGGAAUAAGUACGACGAAAAAGUGGACAUAUUCAGUUUCGGCAUCGUACUUUGUGAAAUAAUCGGACGCGUACAAGCGGAUCCGGAUUUUUUGCCCCGUUCUAAUGACUUCGGUUUGAAUCAGACGCAGUUCAAGGAGAAAUUUUGUGCCUCCUGUCCUGAGCCUUUCUACAAAGUUGCCUUUUUAUGCACUGAUCUCAAUCCUGACAAAAGGCCGCCUUUUGAGGUAAUAGAAGUCUGGUUAGAAUCUCUCUCAAUGCAUUUGUCUGUUGGAAUGCCUUUGCCACCUGAUCUUCUGUUUGAUAUACAAUAUUAUAGAGGUCUUAGUCCUAGUUCAUCAGGUAGUACUACACCAGAAGGAAUCUCAUCAGGCCACCGCAGCCCGGCCCUAGAGCCGAUAAAAGAGGGCAAAAUGGCCCAGAAUAGAAGCAAUGAAAAUCUAAAGCCGAUAAUUAAGAUGCCCAGCGUCGAAAACAACAUGCCCGAUACCCUGAAACAAAACCCCAUAAUUAAAGUUUCCGGGGACGACAAUAAAAAUAUAGAGGAACCGAAAAUCGGCGAGUUCCCCAACUACGAGAACAUAGAUUUCCUGCGCAACGACGCCAUAUUCGCCUGCGACUCACAGAAGACGAUCAACAACAAGAUAAUCAACGAAAAACUGUCGGAGGACAAGCAGGAGACCCGGUUCAACGUGCACCUGCGCAAGGUGCCGAAGAACUUCACCAGAAAUCGUUUCGUUAAGGAAAUUAGGGAGAACUCUGAGGAGCCCACAUCCGUUAAGGACCGCAUUAAGUUUUUAGCUAGGCGCAGCAACAAGGACGAAGACGAGAGCGUCAAAUUCCUGGGCAAGCGCACGUUCGACGUGAAACCCUUGCCUGGCUGCAGCAAGAAUACCAACCUCAACUUGGACAGCAUGAGCUUCAAUGACAACGUGCCUUCCAGAGUGACGGAGAAGUUCGUCAACUUGACCAAGUCCAAGAACACCAACGUUCAGCAGGAGAACAAGAAGACGACAAUACCGGACGUAGUGUCGUCGACUCUGUCCAAAAACAUUCCGGGCACCUUCAGCAUCAGCAGGAGCAUAUUCAAACGUAGUGAAAGCACUGACAAUCCCAAAGAAGACAAUACCAGGACCAGCCUUAUACGCAGAAGAUACACCAAGGACGGCACAGACUCGCCGAUUCUACGCAGGACUCCCCGAUUGCAACGGCGAGCACAAGACUCCGGUUCACCGGAACGUUCCAUCGUGCGCAACAUCGUUGACAACUUCAACAAAAAAGAGGACGGGGCCUUCGCACGCUUCGUCUACGGACGGGGGUCCCUCAAAGUGACGGGCAGUCCUAAGAUUUAUACAAAGGGGAAGGGGGACUCUGGAGAGUAUACUCCGCUUUGAGUCGUUUCUUUUCAGCAUUCCGACGAGCAGUAUUUGUGUUUUUUUUUUUUGAAUCUCUGUACUGAUUUAAUUUGACUUUACUCGUAUAAUUGCUCAAUUAAGAGAGAACGUACUGAGUUGUGCUUUGAGCAUUCCAUUCCUCUUGGUUUAAAGGGGAGUUUUUGACAAUUAUUAUUAUUAUUAUUAUACUAUAACAGUUUAUUUUUUAGUGUUUUAAAAAUACUAAUAUUUCUGUGAUAAGUACGCAUAAGUAUUACGAUUUAUUAUUAUUAUUAUCUGAUUUAAAUCAAUCAAAAUUGAAUUGUUUCAUGUACAAAUAAAUAAAAUUUUAUAUAUAUUUACAGUUUUAGCGAUUAGUUAACAAUUAUGUGAUAUAAAUUUUCUUUUUAUACUACUUUUGUCGCUAACUGAGUUUAAUUCAUUAUUAUUAUUAUUACACGUGUUGUAAAUACAAUAAAAUAAUGCAUUAUUAAUA